AUAAAUGCUUGGAUCGUCUCACUCUUUCACUUCUCAUGAGAAAAAGAGAUAGCGAUAGUGAUUCUUUGCUUCGAUGAAGCCCUAGCUCUGGAAAUCGAGGUUGCCAUUGAUAUCCUUCAUUCGAGUUUUCCCGUCGCUGCUUCAUUGGUUUUUGAAAUUCAUAUAUAGAAAAUGGAAAACACUCCAAAUAUGGACCAAUUUUCUUCAUCUGGCUUUGAAAAUGAUGAUGAGACGAGGGCCUUGAUUUCAUUGCUCAGUGCAUUUGGUUCGGUUUGUUCACUUGACGAGAUAGCUGAUGCUUAUUGCAAAGGGGAGCGUGAUGUGAAUCGAACUGGUGAAAUCCUCUGCCAGCUUCAAACAAGUAAAUCUAAUGGUGAUGUUCAGGGCAGCAACAAGGGUUUAGAUCAUCCUGAACCCACACAAUCAUUGCAUGGACAUACUGUUGUUGAGACCACUCUUCCAGAUAAGAAUUCUAAAGGAAAAUCCAGUAAGGCUUGUGCUUCUUUAGGUACCGUUUCUUCUGUCAUGGGGCGCACAUAUUGUAAGACAACUCCAUCCCUGAAUGAGACAUCAAGAACUAGCAAACCAUUGAUUGUGGAAAUGAAGGGAUCAAUUGAAGAAGAUCAUGAAAUUGAUCUCAUCACAUCACGUAUCGCAGAUUUGAAAGCAUCCAUUCAUGAUAAGGAUGUUGAGGAGUUUCUUUUCUCAAUGCUUGGAGAUGGUUUUCAGCUAAGAAAGGAUGUCAUCCGGGAAGUUCUUGGGCAGUGCGGAUACAAUGUAAAAGAUAGCAUGGAGGAGUUAUUGGCAUUGUCAAACAAAAGCAUGGACAAGCAGAGGCAUCUGAAUUGUGACACUGCACAAAAUGUUACAGGUGAAAACUUGGAGAUAAAAGCUUGUGGUUCUAGUCAAAGUCAUCUAUCAUCAUCUAGUGGAAGAAAUUCAACGGAACAAUCUAAUUUAGACGAGGAGAAAUCUAGUCUUUCAAGGGAAAUUCUUGAAUCAUUAUUUCAUGCCCCACCAAGAUCAGAUCAGGAACCAAGAAAACGUCUAGAAUGGGGUCUGAACAGAACUAGAGUUGCUGGGCAGCAGAUUGUUUCCAAACCUCUAGAAGCCGUGCCGCAACCACCUCUAAUUAGCAUUCGACAUAUUAGGCCUGACUUCGAAAAUACAUUGGAUGAAAAUGAUCAAUACAGUCUUCUGAGGAAAGCUGCAAAGCAACACUGGAGUACAAUGAAAGAAUAUUAUGUUGCUGCCGUGGAUGCUUUUAAUGAUGGAGAUCGUGCAAAAGCCAACUACCUUCUUGAGCAAGGGAAGUACUAUAACCAAUUGGCCCGGGAAGCAGAUGAGAAGUCUCAACAGGAGAUUCUUAAUAUGAAGAGCAGUGAGCAAUGUGAUUUUCCACUUGAUUUACAUGAACACAACCCCAAGGAAGCGGUGAAAUUGUUGAAGGUCCAUAUUCGUUCUCUAGCUAGCAUGCCAUCAUUUAGGUACUUGAAAGUCGUCUUAGAGACAGAUGCAAUGGAUGCCAAAAAUGGGAGAAGGAGAAGAUCAGUAACCAGGUUCUUGGAGAAAGAUUUGAUCAAUUGGACUGAAGAAGAUGGGAACCCUGGCACAAUUUUGAUUAAGCUUGAUGAGAUCAACCUGGAUAAACUGAGCCAGAAAAAUGACUCAAACUGAUGGCAUUUUUUUGGACAUUAAAAUUUUGAUGUUUUGUGGAAGCAUAUGUUGAAUUGCUUCCUGAUAUAAUACUUCAUUCCCAGUUCAAUUUUUUUGGCGAACAUCAAAAGAAUAGAAAGAUCAAAGGAACUAGUUAUGCAAUUGAAAAUUUUCCAGAUGAGUUUAUACAACAAAGAGCUGAAGUAUUUUUCAGCAGAUAUUUGAACUCCAAUCAUGUUGAUGAGGGAUGUCUCAUGAAUAACCAUUGCUAUCAUUUAAUUGAUAAAGAUUUAAUUAUGUUAGUGAGCUUAUGUGCUUGUGUUAUUUUUAUUUUAUUUUGAUAAAGUGGAUAAUUUACUUCAAA